AUGCGCUUCGACGUUGCUUCAGAGGAGGUUCGCAAUGCCGCCAAAGAUCUGCGCUUCAACCUCAAGGAUCUGGUGCCGGUGCCCGACAAGAAGCUGAGAUGGCGCGUGCCGAAGCAAAAACUCAAAGAGAAGCGUGAGCUUGGGCAUUUCAUGAAUCUGUAUUUCAAGCAGGAGCAUCCUCAAGUUGUCAAACAACUAGAAGCCAAAGGACUGAAGAUUAUAGAGCUCAGAGGUCCGGAUAUACUCUACUUUGGAAGCGACUUUUUCGUGGAGGAAAAUGAGAUCCUGAUUUACAUACGAUCCCCAGACCCAGAGAAACCGCCCACUGCUCCUAUUGCGAGUGUGGAACGGGAGGAUCCAGACCCCUCCAGCAGAGCGCCAUCUGGAGAUCAGGCACGCGACAGCGCGUCCAGUCCAAACGAAUUGGCCGCUUCCGAGCACCCAGCAAACAGUCGUUAUGACGGAGAUCAUCGUGGUGCAAGUCAUAUCGAGACUGAAUCACAAGAUGGCGCCAACAUCUCUCCAUCGACGACUUCUGCGCAUCAGGGUGACCAUUCUGACGAGGAUGUACUGCUCCAGUUAAUGAGACAGAGGCUGGAAGCUGUAGUCAGACACCGCCACAACGACCAAGAUCUGUCUGGGUCCCUUGCCUUGGGAAUGGGAGACAAAUUGGAGGUCCGUGAGUUUGAGGAUUUGAAAGUGACAGCGGGACUGUUCGCGGCCCUCACAAUGGGUAUCAAAGUUGCCCGUAUCCAGUAG